UCUUCUCUCUCUUUCCUCCCACCCAAAACCCGAAAAUGUCAACCGGGUCGGGUUCCCUAAUCUGGUUCCGCAAGGGCCUGAGGAUUCACGACAACCCUGCUCUUAUGCACGCCUCCAAGUCCUCCAAUUUCCUCUACCCUGUCUUCGUUAUCGACCCGCACUACAUGAAGCCCGACCCAACCGCGCCCUCGCCCGGGUCCUCCAGGGCUGGGCUGACCCGAAUCCGCUUCCUCCUCGAGAGCCUGGUCGAUUUGGAUUUGAGCCUCAAGAAGCUCGGGUCCAGAUUGUUGGUUCUCAAAGGCGAACCCAGUGACGUCAUCGUUCGUUGCCUCAAAGAGUGGGAUGUGAAAAAGCUUUGCUUUGAGUAUGAUACUGAUCCCUAUUACCAAGCUCUUGAUGUUAAAAUCAAGGGUUUCGCAUCCGCGGAUGGGAUUGAGGUUUUCAGUCCUGUGAGCCAUACGCUGUUCAAUCCAGCGGAGAUUAUACAGAAGAAUGGAGGAAGGCCGCCUUUGAGUUAUCAGUCUUUUUUGAAGCUUGCUGGGGAGCCUUCGUGGAUGUCGUCGAGUCUUUCUAUGACGCUUUCUUUGUUACCUCCUGUUGGGAAUGUUGGGAAUUGUGAGGUUUCAGAAGUUCCAACUGUUGAAGAACUUGGUUAUGAAGACGCUCAACAGGAAGAAUUUUCUCCUUUUAGAGGUGGCGAGUCAGAAGCCUUGAAGAGGUUAAGAGAAUCAAUUGAAAAAAAGGAGUGGGUGGCAAACUUUGAGAAACCUAAGGGUGAUCCAUCUGCAUUUUUAAAGCCAGCAACAACUGUUUUAUCUCCAUAUUUGAAAUUUGGUUGUCUCUCUUCUAGAUACUUCUACACAUGCCUUCAAGAUGUUCAGAAAAAUGUCAAAAAGCAUACAUUACCCCCAGUAUCUCUUGUUGGGCAGUUACUGUGGCGAGAUUUUUUCUACACUGCGGCAUAUGGCACUCCUAAUUUUAACCAGAUGCGUGGAAACAGGAUAUGCAAGCAGAUACCUUGGAAGGAUGAUGAUAAAUUGCUGGCAGCUUGGAGGGAGGCUAGAACAGGAUACCCUUGGAUUGAUGCUAUUAUGACUCAGCUCCGCAAAUGGGGCUGGAUGCACCAUUUAGCACGACACUCCGUCGCAUGUUUUUUAACUCGUGGUGAUAUGUUUGUUCACUGGGAAAAAGGACGUGACGUUUUUGAGAGACUUCUGAUUGAUUCAGAUUGGGCAAUUAAUAAUGGAAACUGGCUAUGGCUAUCAUGCUCAUCAUUUUUCUACCAGUAUAAUCGUAUCUACUCCCCGAUUUCGUUUGGAAAGAAGUAUGACCCAAAUGGUGAUUACAUUAGACAUUUUCUCCCUGUACUUAAAGAUAUGCCAAAGCAGUAUAUAUAUGUGCCAUGGAGAGCUCCUCUGAGCAUUCAGAAAAAAGCAAAGUGCAUAAUUGGAAGAGAUUACCCAGAGCCAGUGGUUUGUCAUGAUUCUGCAAGCAAAGAGUGUAAGAAGAAAAUGGCGGAAGCAUACGCAUUGAACCAGAAGUUGACCGGCUUGGUGAGUGAAGAAGAUCUUAUAAACUUGAGAAGAAAACAGGAGGAAGACAAAAUGCCUGUGGUAAAGAAUAAACGGCAAAGAAAGCUGACUGAUGGGUUUAUAGUACCGCAGACACCUAGCUAGUUGCAGGAAUAGAUGAACUAGUUGUAGCUGCUUUCCCUCCUCUCAUUGCUGAAAGCUAUAGUACAAUUCUGAUCACCAGUUCUUGAUAUUUCCUAUAACUCACUAUAUGCACUUAUGCAGCACUUGUGCAGAUCUAACAGCUGCUCCCUUAACCUUUGAACUCAGGUUCGGCAGACCAUUCUAGGAAAGCCUUCCUGACCCCUG